GUCACUGGAGGGGCAGGGCCCCGCCCUAUGACAUCGCUCCCGGCCCCGCCCCCCACGCAUGGCGGCGGAGGAGGGGAAGCUCUUUGUGGGGGGCCUCAACUACGACACGGACGAGCAGGGGCUGGAGCAGCACUUCAGCUCCUUCGGGCCCAUCGCCGAGGUGGUGGUGGUGAAGGACCGGGAGACCCAACGUUCCCGUGGGUUUGGCUUCGUCACCUUCACCAACCCUGAGCACGCGAGCGACGCCAUGAGGGCCAUGAACGGCGAGUGCCUGGACGGGCGGCAGAUCCGGGUGGAUCACGCCGGGAAAUCGCCCCGCGGUGCCCGAGGGGGCUACGGGGGGGGCCGGGCCCGGGGCCGAGGCUACGCUCGAGGAGGAGGUGACCGUGGCUACGGGGGCCGCUACGAGGGGCGCAGCGGGGGGGGCUACGGGGGCUCCCGUGACUACGGCGGCCGGAACCAGGGGGGCUACGGCGAGCGCUUCCCCUCGGCCUCGUACCGGGACAACUAUGACAACUGAGCUUGGACCCUCGGUGCUGGAUUUCAGGGGGGGCCCCUCCUCCCCCGGGCCAUGGAUGGACGCCGAGGGGGGAGUGGGACAUGGUGGGGGGGUGUGAAGGUGGGGAGAACCCUCAAUUUGUACUCCCCUGUGUCCUAUUAAAGGUCAGACCCUCUCUGAGUCA